AGCAACUUCACCUCGAUGCCGUGAUAAGAGUGUCAUCCCCUUCAGUUUCCAUUCCCAGAAAACCACACACACCCGACCCAUCAGGUCAGGUAGCCGGGUGCUCUUACAGGUGUACUUGUACUUCCCUUCCCGCCUCUUUCGCAUGAUCUCAUCCUGUCGGCGCACCACACCAAGCACCGAACGAGGCACGCAAUCUGCCACCCAAAGCGACUGGACGCGCUGGGGGAGAUUGGCCUCGUCUUCCUCGGCCGACCAGCUUCGCAAACGAGCACCACGUCGACGCAAGCCCACCCUAAGAUCUAAGGAUGGACACAGAGAAGGGCGGUUGCGUCCCUCGCGUUCCAGCCACCGGGCUGCUGGGCGUCAGAUUCAAUUGGGUGCAGGUUAUCGGGCGAUUUCUCUCUGUCUUGCUCGAGUUUGGCGCUUUGGCCUUCGUCGCCUGGUUGUACGGCUAUUGGAGGUCGGAACCGACGACACGAGUCGAUGUCCUCUUCCCAUCCUUCUUCCCAGUCAUAACCGGAAUCUUGAUGGAUACGUACGAGCUGGUGUCUCUUCUCUUCCUGAAGAGGAGGCGGGCCAUCAACCCUGUGGUUGUGUGUUUCGACAUCGCCUUGGUAGGGAUAGGGGCCUUUUGCUUUCUGGUGCUUGGCUUGGUUGACAGGGGAUCGGGGGAGCGGCGGUCGUAUUGGGCUUCGGACAUGUCAAACGUCAUGGUGUUUAUGAUUGUCUUCUCCAUUCUACAUGCCGGUUUCAUUAUCCUCGCCGCUGCUGGAGUGAUGCGCAUCUAUUUCUCGAGCACCAAGGCUCGGCAAGAGGCCCAACUGGCCAGAAGUCAGGUUGAGAUGGUUCAGUUCAACGAGAGGAGACGGCAACUGCAGAGUCUGCCAGGGGCAUCAUGAUGCCGAAUGAUGUAAAAGGCACUGUCAGUUGAAAUUGAAGAACGGCCUCAGACGAGGCCUGCUCACGAAGUCCAAAUGACCUGGGAUGGAUUCACUAUUGCUGCGGUCUGAAGUGUCGUCUGGUUGUCUUGGGGGUGCUAAAAACGGUCUAGGGGCCUUAGGACGGUCAAAGUUUGAUUAUUGGUUGCUUCCUUUUCAUGCCCGUUAUUCUGGUUUUUGCACUUGCAGGCCGCCG